GUAUACGGGAAUAUCCGGAAAUCACGAGCAUUCAGUAUGAGGGAGACCAUGGCUAUGGAAGAGGAAAGUGGUUACUCUUUCUCUUCUUGCGUGAGGUAUUUCUCUAAAGGGACCAUAUUCUCCUCCAUCUUUAACCUCCUCACGACUUGUAUUGGUGCUGGAACCCUCGCCCUCCCUUACGCUUUCAGUCAAGGCGGCCUAAUUUACAGCAGCAUAGUCUUCUUCAUGGUCAUGGUAAUGGCUAUCCUGGUCGGGUUUCUUCUCUACGAUGCUAAGAAGUACUCGCACGAGAUCUGCCCGGGGCUGGAGGUGAAGGGAUACGAGGACUUGGCAGAAGGCUCGUUCGGUGCUGUAGGAAGAAUUUUCGUCCUGAUUGUUCUAUUUGGUUUCCUAUUCUUAGCUUUGAUAGCUUAUAUGAUAUACACUAGGGAUCAGUUAAGUUUUAUAAUCCAGUUCUUCAUUCAUUUAUCUAACCACGCCCCUCGGUGUUCUCUCCUAACCAAUUGCUCCAUUGUCCUCUGUAUUGCUUUCAUUCCAAUAUUCCCUAUACUACUCCUCAAGAAUAUAUCACUGCUUCAGUUCACAUCAACAGCCAGUAUCUUCUGUGUUGCUUUAUUUACCAUCUUUAUUGCCAUCAAGACCAGUAUGCACCUACACCAUGAUGACAACCCCAUUACAUUUCAAGCCAUUCGUUCCGAUGAAGAUGACGUCAUCGGUUUCUUCCCGUCAUCAUUCAAAGGAGCCAUUACUUGUCUCUCUUACUGCAGUUUGACAUUUCUUUGCCAGUUCCAGUUGUUUUCCCUCGAGAAAGAAUUGAAUAGGCCAAGACAAUGGAAGUUGAAUUUCAUCAUAGUGGCGUCUAUGGUACUCGCUUACACUUUGUAUAAUAUUGUGGCUUUUUCUGGAUAUUUAAAUUUCGGUGGUCAGACACCAGAAGACAUAAUGAUUGGUUAUCCAUCCACUGAUGGUCUUGUCACAGCUCUUAGAAUAGCACUCUUCAUAACUCUCCUCUUCAGCUAUCCGAUCCUCUUCCAUCCAACCAGACUAGCUCUCAAUCGCCUUGUAUCGUACUGCUAUGAGUUGUACUCCAAUCGUGGUUCAAGUAACAAUCUUAAUUGCGAUCAAACUGAUGAAACUACUGAGCUAUUGAUAUCAUCAAGCUUGCGUUCUCGAUUGUUGAAGUACAGGAAAGAUAACACUGUUGAAAGGAAGGAAUUGAAACCAAACUGGUUGGUCUGGACGUGUGAGACGUGGGUAAUGUUUGCCGUUAGUUUUCUUGCGGCCGCUUUUAUACCAAACGUUGCGUACGUGUGGAGUUUCGUCGGCUCCAUAGGCGGUUCCCUCGUACUCUACAUCUUACCCUCAAUCUUCUUUCUCCGCCUUCACUUCUUCGUACGUCUCAAAGCAGCCGGAGAAUCCUCCACAUCUCUAUUCAAGCAAUACCUCCAGUGCUCCGUAUGGAAGGACAUCACUGCCUUGGUGAUAUUCUGUAUGGGUGUGGUCGUUUUGAUAGCCGGGAAUUACGAGGCGAUUGAUUCUAUCGUUAAUCGUUCUCAUGAUAGUGGUAAUCACUGUAGUACCUUGAAGUGUGUCGAGAUGGAGAAUGCUUCAAGUAUAAUGUCGGAUUAUUAUUGAUAGGAGAAGAAAUGGAGUUUAAGUAUUAAUGAGGCUAACUAUCAUCAUAUUAUUGUACAUUCAAUACCAGUACUAAUGAUUAUUAUUUAAUUAAAUUUUCAUUUUCAAUGAUGCUACAUUAUUAUUAUUAUUAAUAUUAUUAUUAAGUGGUUUUUGUUGGUAUUAUUAUUGUUAUUGCUGUUUAUUAUUCAUUGCUUUGUACAGUAACAAUAAUAUGUAUAUUUAUUUUCAGAAAGAGUAUGGAAAAAAACAUUUUUAAAUU